AUCGAACUAAUGUACUGGGCGUUACCUUACGUCCGAAAACCUACUUGAACUCCAUUCCAUUUCUCAAUCCAUUCUUCAAACUCGACCGGCCGACCCAUCGUCCCUAUUUUCCUCCUUUCCGCACUCUCUCUGCCCCACCUCGCCGUCGCUGACUACUGCACCUGCCGUUUCUCUGGCGUUCGCCUCCGUUCUAUACCUUGCACUUCCUCCUCCCAGAUUCAAGAAGAAUUUGAAGUAGCUAAAUAAGAACCUUGAGUGAGCAAAAACUACUGAAAAUGGCCUUUAGAGGAAAGGAGAUAAUGAAGAAAGUACUGAAAAAGGUAGGAGAGAACAAUUUAACAUCUGGAGUUAAGGAAUCUCUCAAGAAAUCCAUCCCUGAUAGCAAGGUUGUUAUGGGCCGAGCCAAGCGUGGCCUCUUUGCUGGCCGGCAUAUCCAGUUUGGCAAUCGAGUCAGUGAAGAUGGUGGUAACAAGUCUAGGAGGACUUGGAAGCCGAAUGUCCAGGAGAAGAGGCUUUUUAGUUACAUCUUAGACCGACACAUUAAAGUCAAAGUCACAACUCAUGCUCUUCGUUGUAUUGACAAAGCUGGAGGGAUUGAUGAGUACCUGCUGAAGACUCCUUACCAGAAAAUGGACACAGAAAUGGGCCUCUUAUGGAAAGCUAAGAUAGAAAAAUUGUAUGAAAACCUUGGGAAGAUGGAGGUAGCCUUCUUUUCACCCGAAGAUGAAGCCAAGUUUGAACAAAGAUUCAAAGAUUUAAAACUAUCUGAGCGGGAGGCGCGUAGGGAAUUCAGACAAAAAAUGUAUGCUGAACUUGCAAAACAGAAGCAAACCGGGGAAGAAAGAAGCUACAUCAGUUUCGUAAUAGCAAGUGCAGAUGAUUAUCCCGAUAAGAUAGUGGCGAACUACUGAGUAUGAACCGGAUGAUAUUGCUCUUGAUGACUUUGUUCAACUGUAAUGUCCUAUUGUCGGAAGCUAGUGGCUGGGUGCUUGAUGGCUAUUAAUAUUAGCAGGAAUCCUUGUAGAAUUUUCUUUGCAUACAUAUUCAACUUGGUAUCAAAUGGGCGGAGACUUACAUGUUGACCGGAGAAGAUUCAGAGUAAAUGGGAAGGGGAAUAAAGCUAUUUCUCGUUCUGUUGAGUUUUUGUUUUCCUCUUUAAAUUGAAUCUAUGAUAAUAUAUGUUUACUAUGGUUCAGACAAAGAAUCAUCUCGACUCUUAACCAGGCCUGGGUUACCGGAAACUUUGAGAUAGUUUCUAGUUGCAAAAAGGGCGCUGAAACCGCUUAUUUGCCUAGCGAUUUCAGCACAAUUCGGUUGCAUUUUAUUUUAUUUUAUUUGUCAAAAUGCCUUAUAUGCAGGAUUCACUUUAUUGUAAAACUUUAACAAGUCUGUAAUGUGAUAUAAACGUCUCCAA